UUGGAUACCAAAGUCCAAAUGGACUCCAUUGGAGUGAACAAAGUGUUGGAAGAACCUGCUACCAUGGAUACCAAAAGCCUCAAUCUUUUGGAUGGAAAAGGCACAUCGGAAUGUGAAAUUGCAGGGUCGGUGAAAUCCAGUCAAUCUUCUUUCUCCAACAAUCCUGAUCCCGGACAAAAGGGAGGACUGGAUCCGGUAUUUAAGUCCUUGGAGCGUAUAAAAGUUAGAGCUGAUAGAAAUCUGAGCUACCCUGAUGACGAUGAUGAUUCGAAAGCAGCUGAUGAAGCAAGUACCAGUUCCGAUUACUCUCCUCUUCCACCUCCUUUGCCGAAAACACCAUCGGAGUCUUGGCUUUGGCGUGCUCUGCCUUCGGCAAAAUCAUCUUCACAGUCUUACGAUGGCACUCGUUUUAAACCGGAAAAACAUUAACCUAAGCCAGCUGCUACUGAUGCCAAGUGGGAAACAAUUGUCAAAACUUCAAGCUUGCAUCAUGAUCACGUCCGCUAUUCCGAGGAACUAGUAACUCCCUUUUCCCAGAAAUCCAAAACUUAAGAAGA